UAGCAAAAGGGAAGUGUGGCGUUUUACAUCCCGAACUUUCCAGGAGGCCAUGGAGGCCUACGAGCAGGUUCAAAGGGGGCCCCUGAAGCUGAAAGGCGUCGCAGAGCUCGGAGUGACUAAGCGGAAGAAGCAAAAGAAAGACAAAGACAAGGCGAAACUCCUGGAAGCGAUGGGAACGAGCAAAAAGAACGAGGAGGAGAAGCGGCGCGGACUGGACAAGCGGACACCGGCCCAAGCGGCAUUCGAGAAGAUGCAGGAGAAGCGGCAAAUGGAAAGGAUCCUGAAGAAAGCAUCCAAAACCCACAAGCAGAGAGUAGAGGACUUCAACAGACACCUGGACACGCUCACAGAGCACUAUGACAUUCCCAAAGUCAGCUGGACCAAGUAGCAGGCCCACCCUGGGUACCAGGUGGCAUCAAGGAGGAGCAGAAGGCAAUGUCGCGGUUAUGUUUGGGGCCUUGGUAUUUUCUAGAAACGUUGUUGUGCACACAUCCUUGCGUCUUCUGCUGAGACAGUGCUUUUCAAAGCUGUGUGUCCUCAUUCUGGAACUUGAUUAAAGUAAGACUGUCCUUUUCCUCA